AAACGCUGAGCUGCCAUUUGGCGCCCCCGUGCGGCAAUGAAUACAAGCCCCGUAUUGUAGCCAGCGAGAGCGAACGGACGACCUGCUGGGUAAACAACAGUGUCGACUCAAAAGGGCAGGAAUGGGAACUUCGUCGCAUACUAGCGGUGUUGUGAGAUGAAGUGCAUUGAUACGGAGGAAGUUUAUACUCUGUUAGCUCGGUGAAGACAGAGCUGCCACUAUGAAGAGUGAAGUGCCCUCUGAGGCCUCCAGCAGACAGGAGCAUCUAAAGGAGCCGCUGGUGAACCCAGAGCCAAUGGAGGCAGCUAAGAGUUUUUCUAGCAACAUGGAGGUAAUUGGAAUGGCAGGCAGUGAGUUUGCCACUCUGUGUUCCGAAUCGAGGCACCGGACCUUGAGGGACACGGCGGCUCGCAAGGACUCGGAGCGAGGCCUCUCGGCACGUAGAAAAAGGAAGGUCCAACAAGCAGGACCGUCUGAAUGCUCCCUAAAAGUUGCCCAUCUCAGUGAGACUUCUGUGCCCUCUCAGCGUUCCAGAGAAGAACUCUUACGUCAUUCUAGCGAGGACGAACAUAAUCACGAGUCAUCUUUUAGCGACUGUGCCUCGUCUCCUUCAUCUAGCUUGAGAUUCGGUGACUCGGACACGCUGAGCUCUGAGGAGGAUGCGGAACCCGGACCGACAGAGGGCCAAGAAAAAGGCGCCGUCCUCACAACGGGAGCCACUGGAGUCAGUCUUCGCCCUGUCGCGGGUCGAACGAGGCGGAUCCGCUCGCACAAGUGGGUGCGGACCGAGGCGGAGCCGGUUUUGCUUAAGCGGCAGUGUUUGAGCAGUCGACGGCCUUUGCAUAGGAAACGAUUUGUGAAAUCAGUUCCUGGGGGAGGCCAGCGCACACAGAAACAAAAGGAUAGACUACUACUGCAGAGGAAGAAACGAGAAGUCAUUGCACGGCGAAAAUACGCUUUACUCAAUAGCACAAGCAGUUCAAGUGAAGAGCUAAGCAGUGGCUCGUCGUCCCCGUCCUCGACCGAAGUAGAGGAUGAGCUGUACGUGGACGUCAGCAGCACCAGCAGCCAGCCCAACAGUGCUGCAGUAGCCACAGGUGCUCUAGAUGAAGAUGUGGUGGUGAUUGAGGCUACUCCAGCUCCAGCACCUGCUGUCCCUGCCAGUGAAGAGAUCAACGUCACCUCGACAGAUAGUGAGGUUGAAAUCGUUACAGUUGGAGAUGGUUUCAGGUCGCGCUCUUUGGGUGGUCUUGGUCGGAUAUGGGCUAGCAGUUGUUCGCAGAACCGUCUCCAGGAGCCCAGAGGACGUCACAGACUUUCCACCGUCAUUCAGCCCUUGCGCCAGAAUUCUGGGGAGGUGGUGGACCUAACCGUGGAUGAAGAUGACCUCUCUGUUGUGCCAACAACCUCUGGCAGCAUUCACCCUCAAACGGUCAGGUCGUCCUCAUCUUCAUCUUCCCAGCAUGCCUCUACCUCAGAGCUCAAUGAUGCCGCGGGCCCCUCCACUAGCUGCCCGGGCUCAAUACCCGACAGUAUGCACACACCAAGGCCGAGUGCCUCGACUCGAACAGCCGCAGAGGCAGAUGACAGCAGACCAGGUUUAUCGGGUUCCGCAGAAAACGCAGGAACAGCCAUGCCUAGGCUGCCUUCGUGCUGUCAGCAGCACUCGCCCUGUGGAAGACCAUCGCCUGGUCAUCUGUCACUUAGCCACACGCAUUCGAGCUGCAUGCAGGCCUCGUCGGCCCAGGCCAAUAGCUCCCAGCACGGUCACGGCAACUCGCACCAUUUCGUCCUUCAUGUCCACCACCCCACACCACAGCCGCCGGGCACCCUGCCUUUCCAAGAGUCCAGCUGUGCAGUGGAAAGGCCCAGUGCACUGCCUGCACCCUGUGGAGUGAGCGGCAACGCUGGUGCCGGGGGCAAUAAUGCAGCCCAUUACCACGACCAGCAAACUCUGCCAGUGGACCUGAGCAACAGUAGCGUGCGAAGCAGCGGGGCUAGUUUCCAUGGCAGCACAUCAGCCUUUGACCCCUGCUGCCCAGGCUCGACCUCACGACCUCCCGCGUACGUUUCCCAGGCCACUCCAGGACCAAGCCAGCCAGCUGCGGUGGACUCCUUCAGCAACGACAUAGUGGCUCAGCCGCAAACGCAGCUUCAGCAGCCGUGCAGACAUUACAUACACCCCUCAUAUGGCUCUUUGGCACGCUCAUUGCAUCAUCAACCCUCUACCGCCUGUCCCCAUUCUCAUGGGAACCCCCAACUUCCAGCUCAGCCCCCUCCACAGGGCGAUUAUGUCCUUCCCCACAACGUCCACUCUUUUCACCCGCCGCUGCCAUCCCACCCUUCUGGGCACGCCGUAUCCAGCGCCCCUCCUCUCACCGCCCACCACCUCCCCGGUUCGAGCGCCCCGCUCGCCCAGCACCUGCCCGCAGACCAUCAGACUCUGCCGCAUCAAAUGCCAUCAAUGAUUUCAGUUCAAAGGCUCCAUCAACAUGAAAUGUUGCAAAGAAUGGAGGUCCAGAGGCGCAGAAUGAUGCAGCACCCCACCCGAGCGCACGAGCGCCCUCCUCCUCAUCCUCACAGAAUGCACCCCAACUACGGCCACGGGCACCACAUCCACGUGCCGCAAACCAUGUCUUCCCACCCUCGCCAGCCGGAGCAGAGGACUGCGUGGGAGCUCGGCAUAGAGACUGGAGUGACGGUGGCGCCGUACCCUUCGGGGCACCUGCACUCCCACCUGCACCACUACCACCCCACCUCCAGACUGCACCACUUCCCCAUUCCCUUCAUGCACACUGGCAUAUCUGAAGUCACCUACCCGCACAUUCGCUACAUCUCAUCUAGAAUGACAGGCUUUGGAAGAACCUAUGAGGACCUGCUGCAUUUAGAGGAAAGACUGGGGACUGUGAACCGAGGAGCCUCUCAGGGAACCAUAGAGAGGUGCACUUACCCACAUAAAUACAAAAAGAAGGUGUUGGAGAGAGACAUUGACCAACAGUUAACCCCCGAAGCUUGGGCCUCUAUUGGGAAAAAUAUGCACGCAACCCCUGAAUCGAGAAAGCUGCACGGCAAGCAGGAGGAAGACGAGGGGGCGGACGAAGACACGGAGGAGAAAUGCACCAUCUGUUUGUCCAUACUGGAGGAGGGCGAGGACGUCAGGCGCCUGCCGUGCAUGCACCUCUUCCACCAGCUGUGCGUGGACCAGUGGCUGCUCACCAACAAGAAGUGCCCCAUCUGUAGAGUGGACAUUGAAGCGCAAUUGUCUGCUGAGAGUUGAUGCUGUUUGACUCCCCUCCCCCCACAUUUUCGUUCUUUCUAACAAACACGUUUUGUUUCCAUAUUCAUCAUUUCCUCCUGAGUACUGCAGUCAACCAAAGAAGGCAAUGAAUAUUACCUGCGCAGCUCAUCAACUAGGAACAUCUCGACAGUGCCGGCUAUCACUUCUCCAAUAAUUGAGAGUAUAUGUAUUUAUAAAGCUUUUAUGUAGCUUUCGGAUCGUUUCAUUAAGUGUCAAUUUUUUUUGUCCCCCCCCCCCCCCCCGCCCCCUGCAUGUUUUCCUUGCAAAAUGCAUUUGUUUGCACAUUUAACACGAGCUUCAAAGCAAGAACUGCUCUAGUAAAGCCACGACGCCUCGCUUUACUGGACUAGAAUGUCAACCUCCACCACAAACACGGCAACAUGGCAAGAGUUCAUUUUCACCAGUCAUCGUAUUGAUUAGUUUGUGUUUAGACGAUGUGGAUUGUUAGUGAAAGAUGUUUUUUUGCAUUACAAAAAAAAGCAUUCCUAGACAUUCCUAACUAGGGAAAUCUAUGUUAACAGAUCAGCUGCUGUAUUAGCACACACGUUUUGUGUGUUUGGAAACAGUAUUUUCUCAGCACACGCCCCGCGACACGAGAAGAAUGUCACGCAACCCUCACCCCAGAAACGGGGCUUGUCGGUACGUGUGCGGGUGAUCACGUCACGGAUAGAUAUACAUUUAGCGUGUACCCCCCCCCCCCCCCCCCCAAUCCCGUCAAACAGUGUCUGUAGUUGAGCAUUGGGAAAAGACGACACAAUUCAAGUGUUCACUGGCAUCGACUUGCACAAGAGAAAAAGCAGGAUUAAUUGCGAUGACGGCGUGCUGAGGCCAUGUAUUUCCACUCUUUGACUAUUAAAUACAGUAAAUACAAAUAUUUUGAAUGGAGUGAAGUAAUGCAGUACUUAAUUCAAAGCAGGUAUACAUGCGGUCAUCACUCACCUUCAAAGGCACCAGGAGCAUAUUCUGUGGGAUUUAUAUUAGUUUUAAGAAAAAUUACUAUUAAUAAACUUGGAUAAAUCUUCAUGCAGUGCUUUGUCAU